AUGCUUUAAAUUUAUUUUUAUUAUGAAGAAUGCACUGUGCUAUCAAUCAAUAUAUUUUUUUAAUAAAAUAUAGUCUAUAAAAAUCACUAUAAACCACAGAAUUCUAACAAAAAACUAUAGACAACUGAAAUGAAAUCAUCAACUUAAAUGAUUUUGCUACAAUCAUAAUUAUUGAUAUAUAUAAAUUGA